AUGCGCGCUGCCGUUCUCAUCACCCUGGCCACCGGCGCCCUUGCCGCGCGCCCUUACCUCAACGAGCCCGAUACUGGCAUCGAGGAGGUCCUCGGUGAUACCCCUCAAGGCACUCUCGCCAACAUUUCCGGCCUUGUCGGUCUUCCCGACUUCGAGUGGGCCGCCAGGUGUUACCUUCCCAUCGAGAACUACACCUACUACAUGAAUGGUGCCGGCGGGAAGUGGUCUGCGCGUAACAACCUUGAGGUCUACCACCGCUACAACUGGCGCGCUCGCCAGCUCGUCGACAUCACUAAUAUCCCGGCGACGCUCCCCACCACCAUCCUGGGUUACAACUUCUCGACUCCCUUCUUCAUCUCGCCUUGCGCGCGUGGUAUCAAUGGCCACCCUGAGGCUGAGCUGAACCUCGUCAAGGGUGCCGCCGCUGGCAACAUCAUGUACAUGCCUUCUGCCUUCUCCAGCAAGUCUGCUGCUGAGAUCAGCGCCGCCAAGGCCAAGGACCAGGUCCUCUUCCAACAGCUCUACCUCACUGCCAACCUGACCGCCGACACUGCCACCCUGCGCAGGUACGAGGCCGCCGGCGUCAACGUCUUCGUCCUGACCAUCGACUCCUCCGCCGGCAGCAACAGGCAGCGCGCCGCGCGCUUCGGUGUCGGCUCCGCGAACACCCAGCUCACAAAGCUCACCUGGGACUACUACGAGCAGCUCAAGAAGGUCACCAAGCUGCCCAUCGCCGUCAAGGGCGUCACGAGCGUGGAGACGGCCCGCCAGGCCAUCAAGCACAAGGUCCCCGCCAUCCUCGUCUCCAACCACGGCGGCCGCUCCUUCGACGGCUCCCCCUCCUCCCUCGAGAUCCUCCUCGAGCUCAACCAGAAGGCCCCCGAGGUCUUCAAGAAGACCGAGGUCUGGGCCGACGGCGGCGUCCGCUACGGCGGUGACAUCCUCAAGCUCCUCGCGCUCGGCGCCAAGGCCGUUGGCGUCGGUCGCCCCUACAUGUUCGCCAACAUUUACGGCACCGAGGGUGUUGAGAAGGUCACCGAGCUUCUGAGGCGCGAGCUGAUUGUCGAUGCCGGCAACCUCGGCCUCCCCAGCCUCAAGGACAUUGACUCGACCUACGUCAACUGGACCCCCAACCACUGGUACUCUUAG